GUUAAUGAAAAGUGGUUAAAUGAUGAAGAUAAAACAGAUGACCAGAAAAAAAGGAGCAAAAAGAUUGUUGAGGUUUAAAAAUGAAGAUGAAACAUGCGAAAGUCAAUAGAUUUUAAACCAGUUUUCCUCAUCUUUUCAUGAUAUUGUUGAUCGCAUCUUAACCAUCAUCACCAUCAUUUUCAUCCUUCUCAUCACCAUCUUGCUUCCAUAUUUAAGUGUACAUCAACUGGUCCUUUCAGGGCUCUUCUGUUUUUCCAUCUGAACCGGUAUAGAUUGGGCCAGUUUCCAUGAGAUUGAACCAUUUGGACGAUUCAGUGGGCAGGAAAGGAGGAGUUUUUUUUAUCGCCCUUUUGUGUGUCUUGAUGCACCAUUGAUGCGGAUCUUUUCCCCAUCAUCAUCUUUAUUUUAUUUUCUUAGAGGCUCUUCAUCGCUCAUCUAACUGUUUAGUUUCAUUUAAACCUUGUGGUCGCUGUAGCUAACCUUUCAGACAUCAAUUGAACAUCAUUUGUUUGUUUUCCUUCAUUGUUAACCUUUCAACUCAUCAUCACCUUGUGAGUUACCAUUGACAUUUACCCUUGACAAGUGGAUAUAACUGUCACUGGACAUAACCGUUUCAACCAAUCGCUUCAAACCUCCAUGGAAAGAUAAUCUUCAAAUUUUACAUUUGCACCCUUUUUCACAUCUUUUGUGUCUUCUAUCAAACAAAUUAAUCAUCUCUUUACCUUGUUACCAAAAUUACAAUCAAAAAUGAAAAUACAUUUAACUUUAAUCACUUUUGGUCUAUUGUGGAUAACCAUACCUUCAACCAAUGCAGACAUUGAAAGUGACGCUUAUGGACCUAAAUUGGUUAUACGAACCCCAAGAGCAAUCAGUGGACUGUGGAAACGAUUCUUUGGCAGGCGAAAGCAAUCGGGAUUCCAAGGAUCGGCUCAAACUCAGCAACCUUACAAUGUAGCUGCAUCAACAUAUUAUCCAGCCUUUGUUCAAAGCGCUGUUCCUGUUUUACCUUUCCAAGGUCCACCAGGUUUCGGUCCUGCUGCUGCUGUUGCAACCGCUGGUUAUCCUUACCACUAUCCAGCUCAUUUCACCGGUUUUGAAAGCUACUCACCAUUAGCUCAAGCUUCAUCCAUUUAUCCAGCCUUUUCUUUACCAAAUACAUUUGCUGCUUCAGCUCAACCCGGUUUAUCAGCUCCAUUUGAUUUCCAAUCUUAUUUUGAACAAUUACUUCGACCCGUUGCUGGUUCUGCUGCUGCUGCUGCCGCUGCCUCUGGUGACCAAGAGACAUCAGCUUCAACUCUUUUAUCCACUGCGGUGAAACCUGAUGCUGCUACUGCUGCUGCCCUGAAUAAUUUCAAGAACUUAUACUACCCAUUUCAACUGUCAUCUGAAGGAUCGGGUUCCCCUUCAGCUGGAGAAUCAUUCAACUUGCAGAUUCCUUUUGGACGCAAACACACUCUUAGACGAAGCUCACAAGACAAGGUUUCCAAUGUUGGCUAUCAAAUACAAAGACUAAUCUCUCCAGCUCAACAACCCAAACAGAAACAAUCAGUUAAAUCUUCAGUGGCUCCUCUGUCUGCAAAAUCACAAUCAAUUCAACACGCACACCAGAAACAACAAUAUGCAUCGCAAGUUGCGGCCGAAGAUCAAAUUAAAAACCAGAAAUCAUACAAAGAGCAAGAACAACAGCUUCAAAAUGCUCUAUUCAACCCUCAAGAGUAUAUUGCUUCGAUAAUUCAACAAGAAUUGGUCGCUCAACAAGCUCAACUUCAAGGUAAAUCUGUUGACAGUAAAUCAGUUGAUCAAAUGACUUCAUCUUCUGAAAGAGCCUCAACUUACUAUCCAUCAAACUACUAUUAUGGAAGUGGAGGAUCUUUACCUUUGGCGAUGACCAAACCAAGAGCAGUCUCAAAUGUUCCAAGUAAACAAGUGGUCACUAAAAAGUCAACCACUGUCUCAUUAACUGAACCAUCUAGACCAUCACAGUCCAGUUCAGUAUCAUCAUCUUCAUCAUCUGAUCCAGUUUCUCCAUCAAGUUACUCUAAGGCCAAUUCAUAUCAAUCUCAAGUUUACAAAGAAUGAUUAAACACUUUAAUAACUUAUUCCUAUCUAUAAAUUCAGUUUGAUUCAUUUUGGACCAUCAAAAAGCAAAAUCAAUCGAUCAUUCUUUAAAGUACUCUAAAAUUUAAUCAAUCUUUUGAUUAAUCAUCUUCAAACACGGCAUGGUUAAUUAUUUGAAACAGGAUUAGCUCUCAUCUUAUUGGAGAAUUAAAAACUGAUCUUUACCAAUCAAGAAACUACUUGAUCAACAAAUGUGCCUCCGACCAACAUUUAUAUUACUUUGUUUCCAACAAAUAAUCAUUCCCUGAAAUUCAAAGCCUAUUUAUUUCUCAUUUUUUACAGUUUACCAUUAAGUUAAUAUAAAAAUUUGUUACAAACAAUCAAUUGUAUCCACAAAAUGUUGGUCAAUUACAUUUCAAUAAAAGCUAAUGCUUAUAAAUACCAAAA